GGAAUUUCAGGGGAACAAGGAAUUCCAGGACCUACGGGCCCUCAGGGAGUCCGUGGUUACCCAGGGCUCGCUGGACCAAAAGGAGAAACUGGACCAACGGGAUAUAAAGGGAUGAUUGGAUCAGUUGGUGCAGCUGGUAAACCUGGUGAGGAGGGGCCAAAGGGGCCCCCAGGAGAGCCAGGAGAGAAAGGAGAUAAGGGGUCACGAGGUGUCAUUGGACAAAUGGGAGCAAUGGGUCCUAAGGGAAACAAUGGUCUCCCUGGCAUUGAUGGCAAAGAUGGAAAUCCUGGUGUUAAUGGAGUGAAGGGCAGCCCUGGGCAAAAUGGC